CUAUAGACUACUAUGUGGCAAACAUAUAUGUAGGCGCAAGAUCGAUCAUUCUGCUCCUAUGGUCGGCCAUAUCCCCAGGUAGUCUUUGGCCCUUCUGAAGAACUCCAGGAAGCAUGUCGGACCCAACUUUGGAGCAGGAGCUCGCCUCCAUUUUGCAAAGCAACUUCACUGCGAUCUGCUGCCAGACAGUCAUUUGCGGAAUCCUGCUGUACGACUAUAUCCUCACGUUCGGCAAGGAGGUAGAGCUCGUCUGGCAGAGACCUACAAGGGCGCUGGGGGGGACUGUUAUAUUCUUCCUCAAUCGUGUCGUGGCCGUUGGAAUGAUCAUCCUGGGUAAUCUCAACACGGAUCUGGCUCGCUACACCUAUGCAAGUUGCAAUUAUUCGGUUAUUUUCGAUGUGGCCAUCACGUUGCUGGCGUACGCCGUAUGGGCUGCUGUCUCCGCCAUCAGGGUACACGCCCUCACGAGACGCUACUGGCCGCUCACCUUGCUGACACUUGCCCUGGCACUCCUACCACCGGCAGUAGACAUCUGGCUCUCAUCCACCAUGACGUUCUCGAUAGCCCCCCUCGGACCUUUGGUACUGUGCAUGGAAAGCUCGCCCGUCUCUACACAGUUGAACACGAAGUAGUACUUGUGGCAGUCCGCACUUGCAGCAUGGGCUCAGACCUCAUUGUGUUGCUCGUGACGCUGUACCACGUCUGCCCACGACCUUGGACGAGAAGUACGCUGCCCAGCCGGUCGAUCUCGCGCAUGC